AUGGCGCGGAGACCACCAACAAGAUGCACGGGGCCCAGAAAGGCGACGUCAACUAAUGCCAGCGCCAGCCUCCGUCGGGAUGCUGGAAGCACACGCGUGGCUGGACUCACGUGCUCGGCGGCGCCCACAAGGGGGCUGGCGCACCACCUCGCCACGCCGACGUCUGGGCCGCCACCAGGGUGCCGAGUUGGAGGGGGCGCGAAACAAUGGAGGCGCGCCCUGCCAAAAACUUCCAGCGGGGUGGCCGGGCCGAGCCCGACGCGCACGGGCGCGCGCGCGCCGUCCGUGGCAACGGCGCGCGCCCCGGCGGACAGCGUUCGUGCAGCCAGGAGGGGGGGCGAGAGGGGACGAGGGGGAGGGGGCGAGGCGGCCGCGGAGGAGGGCGAGUAA